GAUCAGUUGAGUUAAAACAUUUGGAAACUGACCUUUGUUCUAACAAGACAGCAAAAUAAACAAAGUACGAUUUCAGCUGACGUGAGAUUUCUGUUCAUGGCAGCGUUUUGUAGAUGACCAUGUGCGAAAAUAUAGCUCCGCCUGAUGUAAGGCACCGGGCGUGGGGGAAAAAAACUCCAACCAAACCACAAGAAAGAACGCGAAUAGAAAUACUGAGGACGUGGUGGAAGGAAAACAAUAAGCCCACGUUGAGGGUCCCUAUUCCAAAGCAGAACUGGAAAAAAAUGUCGCAGCUCGGCCACAUCUGCUGUGUCGCACUGCUGGUGACGUGCGCUACCUAUGCCAUUGACAUCGACUGCACACAAAGUUACAUGGCAGUUCAUUUCAACGAAAAUUAUCAUGGAACCAAAAUAUGGCCUGUAAACUUCGUUGGAGACGAAAACUGUUCUUUAGUCAACGCGAGCACUGUGAAUUAUUUCGCGACCCGCCACCCUGAUUGGAGAGGACAGGGUGGUGUGUACGAACACUUUCCUACCGAAGGUGGCACCAAAAAUGUGUCAUGCGCAGAUCAAGCGAGCUUUUGGCAAAUAGACGGCUAUGAUUUCUGGGCACGGCAGUUUGUCGUGCAGAACCAUCCGCUGGUCAUUUCCGAUAAGGACGAGAUCAUCACGGUCCAGUGCACCAUGUCCAGCAGCACAGAGAACAUCACCUCCACCAUCGCCGCCAGGUCCUUGUCAGACAGGCAAAUAAUGCAGGCCCCGGUCCGUAAAGUUGUGGACCACUUCUUGAUAAGCGUCAGAAGCAACACAACACAGCCCCUGAAGCCCACUGCAACACUGACUGUGGGCUCUACCCUUAAGAUCAUGUUCAGCAUCACGUCGCGAAGUCAUUUUACCUCUCUAAUCGUGGAGUCCUGCGAAGCCUUUGAGAGAGCAAAUAAAGUCGGCGGCUCCCUACGGUUCGCCACCAGAGGAUGCGCUACUCCGCCCAUGGGAGUGAAGAUGGCCACGUCUAGCGACAGAAUGAUGGCCAUACUCACAUUUAAGGUGUUCCGCUUCAAAACCACAAAUCAGAUUCACCUGCAGUGCACGGUGCGCGGCUGUACAAAGGACACGGCCUCCUUUUGCGUGGAGAACUGCACUGCAGAAGGGAGACAAAAGAGAGAGUCGCCUGCAGUGAGGAAUGUUCAAAUGUUUGAAAAGACGUUGACUGUUGACAAUUACAUCGCCAGAGAUGACACUCAAGAUCACCUGGAGGAGAAAUUUAUUAUCGGCAACACAGAACCCUGUUCUUGUGACCUGCAGACCUGCCUCGGCAACAGCCACAACCCCGCCGUCUUCGGUGUUGUGCUGGCCGUGCUGGUGGCGGUGCCGCUACUGCCUGUUGUUGUCGUCGUUAUCGUCGCAGUGACGAAGAGACGCAGGGGAAAGUACUACGCUGCAACGCAAUGAGUAGUCUCCCUUGCCUUACCGCCCGGUCUGCAUCAGCGUCAAAGCUCGUAGGACGGGAACCGAAAAAAAAGUCGACACUCGCUGGGACCAGACAUCCCACCCACCCAAACCACUGGGGGAAAAAACCUUUGAGAAUGAUAACAUUUUGUGGCAGUGUUUCCCCAUCCUUAAACCAUGUACACAUUUUUUAAAAAUUCACAGCAGAAGCAGCGCAAAAUUCAACGGAAAUGACUUUUAGUGUCGUUUGCUUCCUGAGCAGCUGUGUUGAGACUGAGAACAAGAGAAUUCAGCAGAUAGCCUCAUCGCAUCGUUUUUGGAAUGUCGAACUUUGGAACGGGAACUCUUUUUUUUUUUUUGCACAACUGUUUUAUAAGAAUAAUACACCGCACCUGUUUCCAAUUUUGUCUGUCAUGUAAGUGAAACAGCAUGCUGACUUUAUAGGAUGAUGAGAAGUCGAAAUAAAGGAAAGCAGAAUAACAAACAACUA